CCCUUCCUAUCUUGUCUAUGGCCCACCUGCUGUUGCAGGAGUCUUCUGUGUCCUGGAUAAGAAGCUGGAGUGGUGUACUCUGGAGGAUUCUUCCGCUUUCUGGGGAAAUGACUAACAAACUUGUGUGGCUGCUGGUGCUGGUCUUGAGAAAUAGCCUGAGGGACACAGUUGGUCAGAUGCCACCUCAAGGAUUUAGGUAUGUGUCUUAUGAGGUGACCAUCCCAAGGAAACUGAUUCCUAAAUAUGGAGAAGAAGAACUCCAGAAUGUCAACUACUGGCUACAGAUUGAGGGGGAAGGCUACGUGGUACAUCUCAAGUUGAAAAAGGGUUUUGUCCCUAAGCACUUCCCUGUCUUCACUUACAAUGAGAAGGGGGACCUCCAGGUGGACUAUCCAUUCAUCAGGAGUGAUUGUUUCUACCAUGGCUUUGUAUGGGGCAAGCCUCUCUCUCUGGCUGUUCUCAGCAUGUGCUCAGGAGGACUCAGGGGUCUUUUGCAAGUAGGAAAUAAGACAUAUGUCAUUGAACCUGUCCAGGGCUCUGCUAGCUUUCAACAUGUGGUGUAUCAGCUGGAAGAAAAGGAGGGUACUGUCCAUAUGAGGUGUGGGCUAAAGGAGGAAGAACCAAGUCGCCAAAAGCCCACAGUCCAGAACACAGAGAAUAUAAGAGGCAAACGUGCUCCUGAACAACGCUGGUGGACGCAUGCCAGGUAUGCAAAGGUUGCAGUGGUGGUGGAACAUGAACGUUAUGUCCAGUUUGGCAAAAAUGAAACUCUUAUUGCUAACCAAGUGCUAGAUAUCAUCCACAUUGCCGAUUCACUCUAUAAGCCACUCGGUGUUCAUGUAUUUUUGGUUGGCCUGGAGAUAUGGUCAGAAAAGAACUUCAUAGCAAUUGCUGAUACACUGGAACCGAUACUUGAUGAUUUCAAUCGAUGGCGACAAGACAUACUUGCACCACGCCUAAGCCAUGAUGUUAGCCACUUGUUUGUAUAUAAAACUUUUGGAACCACGCUUGGAUUAGCAUUUGUUGAAGGUGUGUGCAAUCCAGAACAUGCAUCUGGUGUUGAGUCAUAUACUACGUCCAAUUUGCUCUCUUUUGCUCUCAUUUUUACCCAUGAAUUGGGACAUAAUCUUGGCAUGUUCCAUGAUAAGGAAGACUGUACAUGCAGUGUAUCAGACUGUAUCAUGUCCCAACGUCAAACUCAUUCUAAUCAGUUCAGCAACUGCAGUUUUAGUAGUUAUUACAGACUAAUGACUCAUGGUAAUACAGAAUGUUUGAGAAUACCUCCAGACCAUCAGAAAUUGUAUACACUCAAAUACUGUGGAAACAAAAUAGUGGACUAUGGAGAGCAAUGUGACUGUGGUUCAGAACUCCAGUGUGAAAGGGAUCCAUGUUGCCAAUCUAACUGUAUGUUGCGUUCAGGUGCUGCUUGUGCUUCAGGGAAGUGUUGCUCCAGUUGUCAAUACCUUCCAGUAGGAACAGUAUGUAGGGAGAGGACUAACUUUUGUGACCUCACUGAGUAUUGCAGUGGAACAUCAGAGAGGUGCCCAAAGGAUGUCUAUGUGCAAGACGGAGCCCCGUGCUCCAGUAUUGCAUAUUGCUAUCAUGGUCUGUGCAGUACUCAUAUCAAGCAGUGCAGAACAAUCUUUGGCAAGAAAGCAACAGUUGCUUCUGAAAGUUGCUUUGGAAAAGUGAAUGCUCAAGGUGAUCGCUUUGGCAACUGUGGCAUCACAACCAACUCUUAUAAGGAAUGUAAAGCUAAGGAUAUCUUAUGUGGCAGGAUUCAGUGCGAAAAUGUUGAUAAUUUGCCUUAUUUGGAGGAACACAGCACAAUCGUUCAAACACCUCUUGGCAAUAGGCUAUGCUGGGGUACAGACUACCAUGGCGGAAUAGAGAAAGUUGAUAUUGGAGCAGUGACAGAUGGCACUCCUUGUGGCAGAAACAUGAUGUGUAUUAAUAGGAAAUGUAGCAGAGUGUCUCUCUUGAAGUAUGACUGCAACAUAACCAAGUGCCAUAAUCGGGGAAUAUGCAACAACCACAAGCAUUGUCAUUGUGAUUAUGGCUGGGCCCCUCCGGACUGCCUAAAUAAAGGUUAUGGUGGCAGCAUUGACAGUGGCCCCCCUCCAAAACGCAAGACUAGCAGUGUUGGUGCAGGAACUAUUGUAGGAAUAGUAUUUGCACUUUCUGCUACUGUUUUUGGUGUUGGCCUGUGUGUGUAUUAUGGGGAUAGACUGAGACAGCCAUUCAGAAAGUCGAACACAAAAUUAUAUCCAACAGCAUGAACACAGAAGUGAAGCCUACCUUAGUUCACAGGAAU